AUGGCGAAUGCCGGUACAUUAACGGAGCAGGACAAUGACCGUCCUCCCAACAUACCCAGAAUAUCAUCGUAUCAACGACUUAAAGCGAAGCUUAUACGUAAUCCAUCGGAACGAGCUGAUCCCAAAGACUGGCCACGACCAAAGAACGCGAUUCAAUUGAUUCAGCAUGCAGUUCACGGUGGUGUUCGGGCCUUUUUAUUGGCUUACGGUGUACGUGGAGGAGUCAACUUUUGUUUAUACCUACUUCGAGUGAUAAGGAAACGCGCACCAUUGGGCCGUAUCCUGAAGGCCUCGUUUAAAAAUCUGGAUGCGAUACGAUUUGGGGCCAUGUUUGGCUCUUUUGCAUUUCUGUGGAAAUUGGUCAACAAUGGCAUGCGACUGGCGCGUGAUAAAGAUGAUCGGCUCAACGGAUUAGUGGCUGGAGCCGUAGCCGGAUUAAGUAUUCUCUUUGAAAAAGAGGACCGUCGUGUGAAUAUCGCACAGCAACUGCUGGUCAGGAACGGAGAUGCUCUGUUGUUUGGAUUGACUUGUGCACAGGUCAUGUACGGUUAUACUAUGCAACCGCAUACUUUACCUUCGGACUUUUAUGGAUUCAUGCUAAAAGCGGCACGGUGUCCCAAAGAAGCAUUGUUGCUGAAUGCGAAAAAUGUCAGAGGCCUACCGCUGUCGCAGGAAGAGGUUCUGGCUACCAUCAUGAAGCAUCGACCGACCGCCCAUGCCCUGCAGGUCGCCAAACAGGUACCUGCAUUUCCCGUCGCUACGCCUUGUGAAACACUUCACCCUUGGAUCGACGGAUGCAACGCCACCGCCGUAGAACGGUUCUGCAAAGUGUUCAAGAGUAUGAUGCCAGUCUAUGGUACACUGCAUUUUGUGCCCAUGUUCCUGCUGCGAAGGCACAGCCUGAAGAAAGAUCCCGUUAAAAUGUUUUCCAAGACGACGAUUGCCACGUUGAAAUCCGGCGCUUUUCUUGCUUCGUUUGUCACUUUAUAUCAAUAUCAAGUGUGCAUGCACCGUAAGAUGGUCGAAAAGGGAUGGACAACAUUCAAUCAUCGGGUUUUGUACUAUAUUGCGGGCUUUAUCUGCUCAUAUUCAUCUAUUUUCCUCGAAGAUAAGAAGCGACGUAGUGAACUGGCACUCUACGUGUUACCCAAAGCGCUUCAAAGCUUAUAUGAGAUCCUGUAUCAGCGUCGCCUGAUAUUCAAGGUCAAGCACUUUGAAGUCAUCAUGACCAGUGUUGCCAUGGGUAUCAUCAUGGUAUGUAUUUUUUAA